UCGUCGCGUACGCAUCCCUGCCUGCCUGAUCACGGCUAUCGGCGCGAUAGACGUUGCGAAUCGUUUUACGAUUACAUUACGGGGAUACACGCCCGAGGACAACGCGGUGUCCGGAGUGUCCUCUCGUGCCGCACGUCGGUUGUGAAUGGACUUGUGAUUUUGUGCCUGUCCGAGGAAGCACGUUCGCAGUCACAAGGAGCGAAACGGAAAUUGAAAACGACGGUAGUGCAAUCCGGUAGAUCGGGAGAAACUCAACUUCAUUUCGCGCGAAAUUGCAGAGCUCGUCUUCAAGGGAAAGCCUCUUCGGAGUUCCCUCGAUUAUAUCAUCACGGAAUUUCAGCCCGCUCCUCGGGAAUUAUCUCCGAAAAUUCAUCGGUGGAAACAUCCGGUCUGAUUAUUGAGAAUUCCAUUACGCAGUGCUGGAGAAGAUAUCCUCUGGAAAAUCGGUUUUAUUCGAGAAUUUUGUUUCCGCGCGAUCGUCAUUAUAUUUAAUGACCGCGAUCAACGUGUCAACGGCAGAGAUCGCUCGAUAGAGAUUCAGCGUGAAGUAACGUGACUUUUUGGUCAGUGCGCAGGAAUAAAAGGCGGUGGAUCGUAGAUUCGGAUCGUACGAUCGAUAGAUCCUCGAUCUAGGAUGGACAUCUGGAAGAAGCGACGCUCGUAAAGUUUCCGGUAACGCGUUUCGAAGCGCGGUGCUCGUAUUCUCGCUCGCAGUCGACGAAAUCGCGGGAAAAUCGAAAGAGAACAAAGCGUUGUGUAUUUCGAGCAGACUGACGUGUCGGCGGAAAAUAGCAGGCGAUCGAAUACGAUGCGUUGAAGAAGCAUCGAUCAUCGCAAGCCAAAAACGGGAACGGCCUAGGCGCGCUGGACAUUCAAUUAAAUUGUUUCAUCGUUGAAAACGGGACGGGCUGAUAGUAAUAGCGAUAAGGAAUAAACGAGUGACUGUAAGAGAAAGAGAGAACCGAAUAGAGUGGAAUCGCGUGACUCGAUCAGUUCGAAAAUAUUACGAAGUACGAGCGACAAAUAUCGCGAUGUGGCUGCGAAAAGGCGUUCCGCUAUCGCAAUAAGAGAAUCUAAACGUAUUCGUGCGAGAAAAGAAUAUUUGAACUACUUUCGGAAUAUCUGGUGAUUUCACUGUGAAAGGCGUAAAAAAAAGAAGAAUACUCAGAGAAAUUUUUUUCAAAGCCUAUCGCCGAUAAUAAUAGUGAUACCGCUGAAUCGAGAUAACCGAGUAUAUAUUCGCGCGGAAAAUUAAUAUCAUAGAACGGUAUUACAAUACGGUACAAAAGCGAAAAUUUUGACGUUCGUGCGGCUGGUGCUACUACUAUAUUAAUUGCCCGUCGUAAUUGGGGUUCGUAAGGAUCGCGCUUAAUUAGUUUGGGUUUCUAUCGUGAACGAUGAAGUGGUGCGUGUUGGUAUUGGCGUUCGCCAGUGUGAGUAGAGGCGAUAAAACCAGCCUCUUCGUCUGCCCGGAACUGAAUGCUCAAGAAGAGAUAGAUCUCGACAAGAUAAUGGGCAAGUGGUACGUCGUGGAAAUACUGGAACACAGAAGCGCUCCGAAGUUAAUAAGCAAUUCGUACGUCGUUGAUACAUGUCCGAUCGUGAAUUUGAGAUCGUUAUUAGAUCAAGCCUCCUUGAAGCUAUUGUGGACCGAAGGGGCUGGGAAUCUGGAAUACACCUUCCGGAUACCGGAUAUAUCCAGAAGAAAGGGCUAUUGGCAAAGCAUAGGUCUACAAAAUGGCACCUUGGCAGAGCGGGAGUACAGGCAGUUCGCCGGCAACGUGCACGUAAUGAAGGCCGUCGCGUCGGACAUGGUGUUGACUUUCUGCGCCCGGAGUCCCGACUCUCAACUCUACUCGCUCCUAUUGUCGCGCGAGCACAAUUUCCUACAGAAGAGCGACAAACGAGGCGUUCACAAUCUGCUGGGUCGCCGCGGCCUACAGAUCGGCAGCAUCCGGGAGACUUGCGUGAAUGGCGGCGCCGGAUUUAGAAGGGGCGCGCUUGAUCUCAUCACUUGGACGACUCUCGUCGGUCUUCUCUCAUCGAGCUUUCUCUUUAGAUCCUGGCAGUAGUGAAUUAGAUGGACGAUCGAUCCCGAAAUGCGAUCGCCAGCCACUCGAGUGUCUCUCCGUCUCGACUAAUUAACACGAUUAUUAACACUUUGGAUGCUGCGCGCAAAUAAUCUCAAACAUCGCCGAAUGCGAAAAUCCGUCGACUGCACUCGAUGCAUGUCACGUUAAUUAUAUUUCACUAAAAUACUCGCGCAUUGGAUCAAGUCAGCGCAUCGCUCUCUCUUAUAAUUUUCUGUAUAAUUUAAUUCUCGAAUAUUUUUUAAUCGCGAAAUCAAUUUCUCUUUCAAAAAAUUUUGAAUCGAGUUGUUUGAUAUUGUAAGUUUUAAUUAAUAAUUACAAAGCAAAAUACACUAAGGAGAGUAAUUCUUUAAAUU